GAACGAGCUCAACAAAAAGAAACAGAAUUGAAUGAAAAAUAUAACAAGAUACGUUCAAAAAUUGAUUCUCAUAGGCAAUCUAGGCAAAAUAUAAAAACUUCUAUAGAGAAAAAUAGAGAAACUAGAAAUAAACUUACUUCAGAAUUUAACAGUCUUGGUGUCUCAGAAGCUGACAUCACUGUCCUCGAAAAACUUCAAAUUAUCGAAAAUAAAGUUAGCAGUUUAGACGAUGAAAUUUCACGACUUCAUCAUCAAUCUAAUUCUUGUGCUAAAUUGGAUUUACAAAAAUCUAAUCUUCGCACUAAAACUGAGUCAUUAAAUACUUUUUUGGCCUCAUCAAGAAACGAUUUCAAGAAUGCCUUGG